AUGCUCACCCUCUGCUUCCCCUCGUCCCCCCUCUCCUUCCCCUCGUUCCCCCCUCUCCUUCCCCUUGUCCCCCCCUCUCCUUCCCCUCGUCCCCCCUCUCCUUCCCCUUGUUUCCCCCUCUCCUUCCCCUCGUCCCCCCUCUCCUUCCCCUUGUUUCCCCCUCUGCUUCCCCUCGUUCCCCCCUCUCCUUCCCCUUGUUUCCCCCUCUGCCUUCCCUCGUUCCCCCCUCUCCUUCCCCUCGUUCCCCCCUCUCCUUCCCCUUGUUUCCCCCUCUGCUUCCCCUCGUUCCCCCCUCUCCUUCCCCUUGUUUCCCCCUCUGCUUUCCCUCGUCCCCCCUCUCCUUCCCCUUGUUUCCCCCUCUGCUUCCCCUCGUUCCCCCCUUCCCCUCGUUCCUCCCUCUCCUUCCCCUUGUUUCCCCCUCUGCUUCCCCUCGUUCCCCCCUCUCCUUCCCCUUGUUUCCCCCUCUGCUUUCCCUCGUUCCCCCCUCUCCUUCCCCUUGUUUCCCCCUCUCCUUCCCCUCGUUCCCCCUUCUCCUUCCCCUUGUUUCCCCCUCUGCUUCCCCUCGUUCCCCCCUCUCCUUCCCCUUGUUUCCCCCUCUGCUUUCCCUCGUCCCCCCUCUCCUUCCCCUUGUUUCCCCCUCUGCUUCCCCUCGUUCCCCCCUUCCCCUCGUUCCUCCCUCUCCUUCCCCUUGUUUCCCCCUCUGCUUCCCCUCGUUCCCCCCUCUCCUUCCCCUUGUUUCCCCCUCUGCUUUCCCUCGUUCCCCCCUCUCCUUCCCCUUGUUUCCCCCUCUCCUUCCCCUCGUUCCCCCCUCUCCUUCCCCUUGUUUCCCCCUCUGCUUCCCCUCGUUCCCCCCUCUCCUUCCCCUUGUUUCCCCCUCUGCUUUCCCUCGUCCCCCCUCUCCUUCCCCUUGUUUCCCCCUCUGCUUCCCCUCGUUCCCCACUUUCCCUCGUUCCCCCCUCUCCUUCCCCUCGUUCCCCCCUCUCCUUCCCCUUGUUUCCCCCUCUGCUUCCCCUCGUUCCCCCCUCUCCUUCCCCUUGUUUCCCCCUCUCUUCCCCUCGUGCACAGCGAGCGCAGGUGACGCUAGCGCGCCAGCAAACAUCACGCGCCCCAUUAAUCCCCUGUUUCACCUCCUUUCCGCCCCUGCUUCACCUCCUUUCCCUUCCUGCUUCCCUCCUUUUCCCCCAUUGCUUCCCCUGCUUCCCCCCCUACCUCCCCUCCCUUCCCCCCUCUUCAUCCCCUCCUUUCCACUACUGCUUCACCUCCUUUCCCCCCCUGCAUCCCCCUUUCUCUAUCUGCUUCCCCUCCCUUCCGCCCCUGCUUCACCUCCUUUUCCCCCCUGCUUCCCCCCUUUUCCCCCACGGCUUCCCCUCCUUUCAACCCUGCUUCCACUCCUUUCCCCCCAUGCUUCUCCUCCCUUCCCCCCGCAUCCCCUCCUUUUCCCCCCUUGCUUGCCCUCCUUCCCCCCACUUUACCUCCUUUCCCCACCUGCUUCCCCUAUUUCUCACCCUCCUUUCGCUCAUUUCCCCCCUGUGCUUGCCUCAAUGCCUCUCCACCCCUUACAGCCCAAUCGGCUCCUUAGUUUGCUUAUUCACUGUCCUCCCUUUUGACCCUGCUAUGCUCCCUCCUCCCCUUGCUUACCCUCCCUCUUCUCUUCUACCCUCUCUAACCACUUUCCACCUCUAG